AUGUUCGGACCGUUGGAUCGAGCUGAAACUCACAUGUCAGACUUGAUUAGACGUCGUAGGGCGGUGACGACUACACCGAGUUCGGAGCCCCCGGCUCAGCCGGUAUCAGCUGCCACUGCUCCAGCUCUGAUGGAGCAGGACCACGUGCUAGCUGGUCCUGGGGGAUCCCAGGCGCCUGCAUCAUCAUCUUCUUCGGUGGCGACACCGGCCCGCUACCACCACCGACGCCACAUCGACCGACGGAACACCCGAGGGCCAUGUCGGCAGCUGAAGACGGCGAAGGUCACCCGCGUGACCAACAGUCGUAUCAGCAUCGAAUAUGACGAGCGCCAUUGGGCUGCACCGACGGCGGACUUGCAUAGCUCCUUGGCCCACGACAUUGGCCACGUCAUUCGGACCCAUUGCCCGAUGCAAUGGAAGUCUUGGAAGGUCAUUCCUGAGGAGAUCAAGAUGCAAGUUCGCGGCCAGUUGUCGACGAACUACCACUUAGAAGACCUCAACGAGGAGACCUUGGCGUACGUCAACAGACUCUUCGGUGAGAGGUACAAGCAGUGGAAGAACGACUUGCACCACCAUUUUCAGGCGUUUGAUGAUCCGCAAGUCGCUCUUCAUGAGGGUUGCCCGAAGGAGCUUGAAGGGCGGGAGGAUAGUUGGGCGUGGCUCUGCGCUCAUUUUCAGGCGCCCGAUUAUGUUAAUAAAGCCCAAGUGAAUAAGGGCAAUAGGAAGAAGAAGACUCUUCUCCACCAUUCCGGCUCCAGGCCCUUCUCAUAUAGGAUGGAUGCACGGCGUCGGUAA